UCACGUCUCUUUGUGGAUUCGAGUUCGAAAGUUGAAGGAGUACAGAGCUCGGAAGUGAAGAGCUUGGAGCCAGAGAGCAGCAGGAAGAACAGCAACAGAGUUGAGAGAAGAGAGAGAGAAGAUGAAGAAGGCUCAGUUGGAGUUACCAGCGGGGUUCAGGUUCCACCCCACGGACGACGAGCUGGUGAACCAUUACCUGAUUCGCAAGUGCGCUUCUCACCCCGUCUCCGCCCCCAUCAUUGCCGAGAUCGAUCUCUACAAGUUCGACCCUUGGGACCUUCCAGAAAUGGCUCUCUACGGCGAAAAAGAAUGGUACUUCUUUUCUCCAAGGGACCGCAAGUACCCCAACGGGUCACGGCCGAACCGGGCAGCCGGAACCGGGUAUUGGAAGGCAACCGGAGCAGAUAAGCCGAUCGGCCGCCCGACGACGCUUGGCAUAAAAAAGGCGCUAGUAUUUUAUGCUGGAAAAGCUCCGAGAGGAGUGAAGACCAAUUGGAUCAUGCACGAGUACCGCCUCGCCAAUGUCGAUCGAUCUGCUGGCAAGAAGAAGAACUUGAGGCUUGAUGAUUGGGUUCUAUGCCGGAUAUACAACAAGAAGGGCACCAUAGAGAAGUAUUUCCCUUCCUCGCACAAUGAAACGGUAGAGUUCCCCGAGAUGGAGACCAAGCCGCAGAUUGAUAUGCCGGCGGCACUGAACCCGUACACACCUCCCCAAUAUGGGCAUUCGCCGACGGCUACGGAUCACAUGUACAUGGACUCGUCAGAUUCAGUGCCGAGGCUGCACACGGAUUCUAGCUGCUCGGAGCACGUGGUGUCCCCGGACUUGGCGUGCGAGAAGGAAGUGCAGAGCGAGGCGAAGUGGGAGGAUUGGGAGAAGGACCUCGAUUUCCAAUUCAGUUCGAUGGAUAACUUCUUGGAUGAUGCUUUCACGCAAGGACAGGUUCAGUUGGAUCUGUUCUCGCCUCUUCAGGACAUGUCCAUGUACUUGCACAAGCCAUUUUGAACAGGUCCGUUGAGGAACACAGAA